AGGUUAGGUAAUUCUGUUAUAUACCUGACACUUAUUUAGGUUUAACAUUGAAUGUUGGGGCUCACUGGGCAAGCAGGUAAGGUACAGCACCAGUGAUGAGUCGGUACCUGCCCUACAUAUCCCUACAUAUCUCUAACCUACAUAUCUCUACAUAUCUCUACAAGUCCAAACUCUAGACAACAUUUGAACUCUGAAGCAUCAACACCUGACUGGAGCAGUGAGGAAAGAAAGAAAGAAGAAGAAGAAAAAGAUCCUAGCUUAGCUUGACAACAUUAGAACUCGCCCUCAUCUGUUUGACUCCCAAACCAAACCUCGAUCAUCGUUACACAUUAAACAAAGACGGAAGGAUACGAGCCAUUGAAGUUUUCGUCUCUCGACGCUCGGAUUCACAGUACACAUACCAACCUAUACAUAACAAUCCUAAACAAUCCAAUCCUACUAGUAAUCGACAAUCCGUCUCAUUCGAAAUCAUGAACACGCAGACCUUUGCAGUGUAAAUACCUAUCCUUUACUUAGUACUUACCUCAUUGUACUCAUCGUCUCGAAUAUGCGCAUUCGUCUACCUUUUGCAGGUAUCUUUUUCCUGCUAUGCCUCCUUGCAGGCUACGCCGGACUCUCAUCCCUUCAGCUCGACACCAUCGUCAACGAUAAAGUCCUCCACCUCGUGACCUUCUUCCUUCUCACCGUUGCCUUUUACUGGAUUAUCGAUACGAACCGUCGUCGUACCCUCAAUUUGACCGUCGUCGUAUGCACGCUAUGCCUUGGCGUUGGCUCCGAGUUCCUUCAAGGCUUUCUGCCUAAUGGGCGAGACUUUGAUCCAUACGACAUCGUUGCAAACCUCGUCGGUAGUUUGGCGGCUCUUGGUCUAUGCUCCUGGUACCAUCUACGAAUGCUAGAACGAAAGCGACUACGUAGACAGUACAACGCUGUCCCUGGCGAAGAAGACGGAGACCUUGAACUCGGCGAAGGUCUUCUACCCCAAGAAGAGGGCGUCAUGCCAGGUAAUGGAAGCGAUCGAGGCACCACACUGGAGGAGGAAGUGGACAACUGGGAUGAGAAUGCGGUAGAUGCUUGGGAUGAAGAUGAGGCAGAAACCGAUAUAGGCAAUACCAACGGAAAGGCACACGAACAACCCGGAGUGGAGGCGGUCGAUACCAAGAAGCGAGUUGAUUAGAAAGGUCUCUACGAGAAUACGAGCACGAUGCAACGGAUGGACGGAUUGAAACGAUACCUUUUCCUGGGGCGUAAAUAGGAUCAAUUAAACGGCACGGGCUUCAGUCAUCUUUGACUGACUCCGGAAAUCAUGGCAUUUGUACGAGUUAGGAUGAGAUUGAUAUAAGGUAUCAUGGACUGAAAAGGAUUCAUUUCACCCAAAAAAUGGCUCUUUGACCCGAAGUAAAAAUCUGUCGAUGGCAACAGAUGCUGCGUGAUUUAGUAUUUCGAAAAGGGGGCAACCAUACUUACAUACUAGGUAGAACACUACAUGAUUUCAAAUCCCAAUCCCAUUCGAGAUUUAGUAGGCAUG